AAAAAAGUACUCAGAUCGUGAGGUGAGGUGAACUAACACAGGGGUUCCCAAACUUUUCCAGGGCAAGGCCCACCAAAUAGCAUUAACAUUUGACCGAGGCCCCCCUUUUGCAAGAUGUCUUUAAAACACAUUAAAAAUACAGACUUCUGAAUAUAUCCCCCUUUUUAUUAAUAAUUACAUCUUACAUCUUUACAUUACAUUACAUUAGGAAUUGAGUGUGUGUGUGUGUGUGUGUGUGUGUGGUUGUCUGAGAGUGAGAAUUUAUUUUUCACACCAAAUUGUUGAGGCCCCCCGGGCGCCCCCUGGCGGCCCCCACUUUGAAAACCACUGAACUAACAGUCUGCAUAGCCUGAAGACCCAGCUAAGCUAUAAUGGAUCAUUUCUGUUUCUCAUAAUUCAGCCUCGGUUGCAUUAGCCUAUAGUUUAUUUAAUAGUUUAUUAAGUACUAGAUGUGUUGAGGGAAUUCAACAUGUAACAUUUUAUUUAUAUUCUGCUGAAAUGAACGAAAUGACUCGAAAACAAGAUUCGUGCAUUUUGCUGAACCUGAACGAGAUUCAAAGAUCCGAGUCAGUAAAAUGAUCCGAACUUCCAAUCACUAUACUCCAGCACAGCAGGGGGCGGUCGAGGGAACUGAAACGAUACCUACAAGGAGGGGGAAAAGGGCCGAUGACGUCACGGAGGAGUGAGACGGGGAACAUUCAGUAAAAUAUGGCCGCUUUACGGCCUGAACCCGAAGAAAGCCUGGACAACCAGUGCAAUAACAAUGAUCCCUUGGAUGAUGAACGCAAAGAAGUUGAACGCGAGGGUACGGCGGAUGAAGCUCCUAUGUCAGAAGAGGAUUUUUUUCAGGAAAACACCGACGCAAAAGAAGAAACGAAAGAGUCUGCAGAGGCACUGAACAAUUCAUCCGUUCAUAGUGGCUUUGUACGAAACGGAGAAUCAACCCCGUGCCCCGAAUCUGACUCAGUAGUGCCAAAGGCACGUGCUCAUAAACCCGAUGAUGUUUCCCAGGAUGAAGAUCUUGGGCUGGUUUGGUCCGAGUCAGAAGAUGAGUUGGACUCGAGGACAUGUAGCCUCUCGGGCAAAGAAGGCACGGGGAAUGAACUUCAGCAAGGGACUCCAGAGGACCAGACAACAGAAGACCCCGGCUUAGAUACUGGGAGUACCAUUGGACAUGAAGAUGCACUAGGACAUGAAGAUGCACUAGCACAAGAUGAGGAGGAAGAACUGACGGAUCUGAGUGUGGAAAUGGAGUGUGACAGUGACUCUAAGGAGGGUGAGGAGGAAAAGGGAGAGGAAAUAUCAGAAGAGGAGGAAGAAGUAGAACCCAAAGGUGAAGUGCAAAGUAAAGAACCUGAAGAAGGAGAGGAUAGGGGGCCAGGUGACGAUGAGGAGUGCCAUGAGGCUGAUGUUGUGGAUAAGCAGCGGAAAACUCGCCUGAACUGCCGUGACUGUGGCAAAAGCUUCACUCGACGAGAGACAUACGACCUGCAUCGCCACUUCCACAUGCAUCAAGAUGAGCAGGCUUCUCUCACCUGCAAAGAAUGUGGCCUCACCUUUCAGCAUCGUAGUAGCCUCAUCAAGCACCGCAACGAACACAAACAGAACGGUAUGCCAGAUUCAGCAUUGGUCUCUUAUAAGCGGUCUCAGCUAAGGGAGUUCAGGGAAGAAAAGAUCUUUGAAUGUGAGCAUUGUGGUGAUUGUUUUGCAUCUCUGAUCCGUUACAAGCUUCAUGCCUGCCAGCAGAGCCUGGAGAAGCCUUACCGCUGCCCUCUGUGCCGCAAAGAGUUCCAGUACAGAGUGUCCAUCAAUGCUCACAUGCAGAGCCAUUCAUUAGAGUGUCCUUACAGGUGCCUCGAGUGUAAUAAGGGCUUUCAGUGUGCUGUGACAUUGCACAUCCAUCAGCGCUCCCAUGCUGCCCUUAAACCUUACGAAUGCCCUGAUUGUGGUAUGGUCUUCCGGCACCGCUCAUUCAUGGAUGACCAUCGCCGCAAGCACACCGAGGAAAGGCCACACCGGUGCACCAUAUGCGGCAAAAACUUCAAAUACGGCAGCCUUUUGCAACAGCACCAAUACCUUCACACUGGCCAGAAGCCAUACCGGUGCACAGAAUGUGGGAAGAGAUUUGCGUUUGCACAGAAUAUGCGUGCACACUGUCGCCAACACAAGAAACUCACUAGUUCUGCUGGUUUUGAGGCAGCUAUUACAGAAAACAAUGAAAUGCCCAAUGGUACAGGUUUAGGAUCUAUAGGGAAAGAGAACACCAAUACAAUCAUGGAGCACCAGCGUAACUGUCCACUGUGUCCUCAGCUCUUUUACAAAGCAGCUGACCUAAGGGCCCAUAUAUUGGCACAUGAGGCAGAAUAUGAAAAAUUGAGUAAUGGGAAAAGAAAUUACAAGGUCUAUGCCUGUCCCAAUUGUCCUCUCCAGUUUUUGGAUGAAUCCACCUUACAGUCACAUGCCUUGACUCAUCAGGUUAUAGCAACUCCAUUGAAGAGGGAGGUUCUCAGUGUAGCAAGCUCAGCUAGCGCCGAUAACAUUUCAGCAGAUGGAGAAUGGGGAGACCAGACAGACAAAAAACCUUUAAGAUGCAGAGACUGUGGCAAGAGCUUUCGUUACCGUUCUGUUUUAGAACUUCACAUGCGCAUACACAACAGGGGUUACCAGUGCCACGUUUGUAAAAAGUCAUUCCGAUUCAGCAGCUAUUUACAACAGCACUUGAUCAUCCAUUCCGGCAAGAAGCCAUACAAGUGCCCUGACUGUGGAAAGGACUUUGCAUUUCUUCAGAACAUGAAGACUCACCAGAGACUGCAUCAACAGAAACCUUUUCGCUGCACACAGUGUCGCAAGGGCUACAGUGAUGAGAGUCAGUUGCAGCGCCACAUGCUUUGCCACUCAGGAGACAAGCCUCACAAAUGUCACGUCUGCAACAAGAGUUUUGGAUUAGCAUACUUACUUCGUGACCAUCUGAACACCCAUACUGGGGAGAGGCCACAUCGUUGCCAAGAGUGCCAUAAAUCAUUCCCCUGGCUAAGCAGUCUCCUUGUUCAUCAAAAAAUACAUGCACGAAAACGUCAAGGAGCAAGCCAGUCCUAUUCUUCGACUGUUGGUUCCCAAAGAGGGAGGACAAGUGCUGUUGGAAGGGGCAGGAGAAGUGGUAGAUGGGUUUCAAGUUGGUCAAGAAUGGGAGGUAAUGUGGACAGGGCAAUACCGCUGCAACAGGCUCCUUUUACAGAUCAGAUUUUGCAGGGUUCAGUGCCAAGCUUGUUGGGGCAAGAUUCGGAUAGGAACGAGCAAACUCCGCUUAUGCCCAUUCAGUUUCAACAACAGUGGCAAAUCCAAAUUCACUCACAGCUACAACAGCAGUCUAAAUGGUUAUCUGAAGGACAAUCUAAUAAUUUCAGGCACCAGUGGCAAUCAGCAACACAUCUCAAACCGAUCUUGCCAAAACCAGAUGGUCUCCCCAAGAUUGCAUCUCAACAGCAGAGUGCUGGCUGGGCUGAGGUGGCACCAUCAGGUCAAGCUAGCACAGCUCCCAAACAGAUUCCAGAGAACUGCACAGCACAAAAUAACUGUGACGCAGCUUCAACUAGCACAUCGUCCCCUACUAGGGGCUGUACUGAUGGCCCAUCCAAGAGUGAAGCAAAGGUGCAGCAGCAACCUUCUUUGGGGGUUAAUUCACCGUCAUCAACUCCAAAGUCACCAGGCACAGCACAAGGGACACGUUCACCAGUGUCAAACACUCAGAAUUCUCCAAACCAUGGGUUAAAUCUUCAAGGUCAACAAUUAUCACAGUGGUCAGUCUCUGAUUCAUCCCAAAACACUAACACGGGACUUGGUUCAUCAGGAAAGGAAAAUGUAAUUACUUUUAGCUUAAAAACGCCAGCAGGCACACUGCAGGUUAACGCAGAAUCCGAUAAUUCUGAGCAGCCACAAUUACAGCAGUCAUCUACUGUAGCCAGUGCAUCGAUUUCAACACAAACAAGGCAAAAUGCAGAUGUGGUAGAUGACAGUAAAAACAACGGUAAGCCUUUGAAUAUCGUAACUCCUGUUGAAAUUUCUAAAAGUGUAAACUCACAAGAAAAACCUGCGAAUGAAACAGGGGCUCAACAUCCCCAGCUCCAUAUAAUGCCACCCCCUUCACAACAGCAACAUCAGCAGUUGCAGCUGGUCUUGCAACCACCACAGCAAAUUCAGCUUCUACAGCAAACAGUGCAGCAGAUGCAACCCGAACAAUUACAGCUUCUUCAGCAACAGCAGUUUCAUCAGCCCCAAACAAAUCCAUUAGGAUCAGUCAGUGUUCAGUUUGGAGCAGCUCCUUUUUCUCAUGGGAACGGAAGCACAGUGUUUGGCUUCCAGACCACUCCAGUUGUUUCCCAAGCUCUGAUAAAUGGACCAGUGCAGCAGGGGCCACAGCAGCAAUCCCCCCUCGUUUCUGCCUCUCAAAUCCUCUUAAAUCAGGCCUCUCCUUUUAUUACCUCACCACUCCCUCUGGCACCUUCUCUUGCUUUGCCAGGUCCUCAUCCAAUCCAUUCUAUAGCAGGGCAACUUCCAGGUCCAGCACCUCAGAACAUCUUCUUCACUCCACCAGGCAUAAUGAAUGAGAGGCCAGUAAUUCCACAGGCUUCGCCCUCAAUUCAAGGAGGACAACGAACUGAACCGAACAAACUUAUCGGUCAAAUUUCAUUUUCCACAGAUCAGCUUUUUCGUUGCAUGAUCUGUGGAUGCACAUUACCUGGAGAACUAGAAUUACAGGUGCACUAUAUGCAACAUGUACAAGGUGAGGUCUGAUUUUGUAUAGUGUUAACGUCCCUCUACACCCUUAAAGUGUCUGGCUGUUAAUGUGCCAAAAGAACUGUUGUAGAUGAUGCUUGUUACUCAUUUCCUCAACUCUGAAUUUCUCCUUGUAUUCUGACUGUGUGAGAUGUGAAGUGACCACCAGUAAUUAGUCAGUUAAUAAAAAUGACAUUUUCAACAUGUUCAACAUGUACAGGUUCAAAUA